AUGGGUUCACGGAGGACAAUGAUAAACUCCUCUUUUGGCAAUGGAAGAUCCAGCAAUGGGGUUGAUAUCAAUGGGAGUAGCCGGCCUGGUGGCUGCAGCUACCUCUCAAACGUGAGGCCAGAGAACAGGUACACAUUCCUGACUAACAGCAUGAGCACACUCUGCAGUGUGAUGGCACAAUUAAAAGAAGAAACACAGCCCUCCUUUGAAACAACUCUGAAGUCAAAAGCUGUGUCUGAGAAAAGCAAUGUGAAGUUCUCUUGUGUGGUUAAAGGAUACCCUGCCCCUCAAGUUAUUUGGUAUAAGGAUGAUAUGCAGUUGGACAGAUACUGUGGACUACCUAAAUAUGAAAUAUUCCGCAACGGACAAAACCAUUCCCUGCACAUUUACAAUUGCACUGUGGAGGAUGCAGCUAUAUACCAGGCAUCAGCCAGCAACAAUAAAGGUAUUGUGUCUUGUUCUGGGGUUCUGGAGGUUGGUGAAAUGAAUGAGUUCAAGAUCCACCAGCGCUACUUUGCCAAGCUGAAACAAAAGGCUGAAAACAAACGCAAGGAAGUAGAAGGUAAAGAAAACCAGGAGCCAUUACGAACCAUCAGUCCAGACCGCUCACAGAGGAAACGUCGUUCGACAAUGGAGGCCUUUUUGAGCAUACCAAGCUCCAUGGAGGAUGAGGGCAAUGAGGAGAGCCAGCAGACUGUAGCAUUGGAGUCCGAGACCACUGCUGUCGAGGAGGUGGAAGAAAGGCCAGUCCCUGUCACUAAUGGAACAGUCUCUGCUAUAACUAAUGGACAGGUCAUCAAUGAAAAUGGUACUAAGGGUGGGACUUAUACAUAUGACUCUGCCCAGAAUAUUUUCACUUUGCACCAACCAAAAACUCCCUUUGUCAAGAAGAAGAUUAAAAUUUCCAACAGUUCAAAAGUCGCAAAAGCUGAUACUCAAGGAGAAAGGGCGUCUGACGAGAGAAGAGAAAAAGAGGAGCCCCCCACCUCUCUGGCUCUGACUUGCACAGAGUCUGGACAUUCGAAGGGAAAUUUAGUGGAGGAUAUGGAAGUAGAGAAUAUUGUUAGUUCUUCAGUUUUGGAUUCAGACUCCAGAAAUGUGGCACAACAUAAUCUGAAAUCAUCAAUGGAGGAAGCAUUGUUUGUUUCAAAGGAUGAAAAUGUUUGUGCUGUGCCCUCACAGAAAGAACAGCUCACUGCCUCAGUAUCUCUUGCUGCUUACACAUCCACAAAAAACAUAGCCUCAGGAACUGAAGGUAAAUUAGCUGCAAAGCAUAAGAAGGAAAAUGAGCACAAAGAUACAGAAGAACAUUUGGAAAUGCAGAACCAAAAUCCUCACAUGAUGUCAACACAACUACAGACGAGUGCUGUACCAGCUCCCCAACAAGCCCAAAUCAUAAAGCACAUUACCAUCACAGAUGAUGUUACAGUUAUGGAUGUUCAUAGUAAGUCAAAUACUUCCACUGAUGGAACUUUGUUGAACAGAGACUUUGAGUCAGUGGACACAUCAUGUGAACGCAGGAUUGCUUUGCCUCAGCGUCCGUGUGAACAGACUGGAGAUCAGCUGUCUGAGAAGGAAACAACCCCCUGCCAAAAGAAUGUGUCUGUGCCUCAGCAAGUGCUGCUGAGCGAGGUUACACAGGCCCAUACAAAGAUGAACAGGAAUGAUGCACCUGUCAACCUUGAGCUACCACCCAACCAAUGUUCAAUGGAAGCAAGGCUACCACAAAAGACUCCAUCAGAAAGAGAGACCACAACAGAUGACAUCCAGACCCCUUCUGUGCACCAUGGUCUUCAAGCAGCCAUUGACAAAAUGACACAGGACACAUGGGAUCAUUCCAGGGGAUCAAAUGUAAGCCAUACGGCCCUUUUUACAGACCUACCGAAGUCUCCCUUCGAAAGCCCUGGUGGUGGGGAGAGCACCCGAGGGUGUAAUGUUUCGCCCACCGACCAGCAAAGCCAAGUUGAUACACCUAUAAAAUCUGAAGGGACAGAAAUACAAGUUGAUGAGAAGUUAGAGGGUAAUGACGUAGGUAAGUUAUCAGUGCAGGCUGAAAGUGUGGUGCCAGAUGAAAACAUAGUUGAGAUGGAAACUGAAAAUAAUGAUGAAAUGGACAAGAAUGAGCCCAUAUUAAAAAUGGAGGAGAAAACCAGUUCAGACUUACAUAAUGUAAAGCCAGCUAAAUUUGAGACUGCUAUGCCACAUCUAAAAAAACCUCCCGAAAAUACAAACUUAUGCGAGCACCAAAUUAAAGGCUUCAAAGAAAUUCCAAAAACUGUGACACGAGUCAUAUCUGUUGCUGAACUUUUGAGAUCUCAAUUAGAGGCUCUUGAUGUCACAGUUGCAAAUUCCAUGCCCACCUUACUGGUCCCUGCUGAGUAUGAGCAAAAUCACACUAUAACAGCUACAGACACAUGUCAGGAAUUAAGAGGUGAUGAGAGCAGCUGUAAACUGGAAGUGAAGACAUCCAUUCCUGACAGGAAAAUUGAAACAAGUAUUGAUAAUCCUCCUCUCAAAAACAUUAAGGAAACCCUCAUGGAAAUUUACCAUCAACUAAAUCUUACUGAUCAGGAACAAACACAGACUCAAGGUAGAAUUUCACCACCUGUUCAGGAUUCACAAAAACCUCUUGUGAUCCCUCCUAUCUCUGUCAUAGACACUGGCACCACUGGACAACAUGGCAGUGCCAAACAAUAUAAUGAAACUGUUAUGGACAUUGGCCAAGAAAUUAAAGCAUCACUGCUGGUUUCUCCGAAAGAUUGCCUUGUUGUUUCCAUCUCUGAGAGUGAAAAUGUCAGAAACAGUGUUACUCCUAUGGCAUCAAAGGAGGAACUGACCCAAAGACUUACAUCAAGUUCAAACCUAUCUGGAAAAGUCCAUCAAGAACCUGGGACACCACUUACAAUGACACCAAUGAAGGCCAGGUGUGAAGAGCAUACCACAGAUGAACCUGUUCAAGGCAAAGACAUGGGAUCUCUCCAAAAGUUAACUCCAAAAGAUCAAGCCAACAGCAAAAGUCAGCGGAAGAAAACUGAAAUAAAUUCUACAACAUUUUCAGAUCAAUGCAAAAUUGAAGAACACAACACAAACAGUUGUUUACAGAGUGUGUCAAAGACUUCCACUAAAAGUGUACUUGGCACAGACACACAAGAAAAUAAUCAUCAACCUAUUGAACAGGAGAGUCCUAUGGUUGAGGAAUUUUCAAGGACUGAUUCCUUAACUAAUCCAAAUCCUGGGGCUAGUCCACUGUUAAAGAGAAGAAACUGUGUUUCUCCCAUUCCCUCGGCUACUCCACAAGAGCUGGCCUCUGGAGCCCGCCGCAAAAUCCUAAUACCUAAGGUCAAACCUGAGGAGGCCACAACUCUGAUUGAUAACCAAACUCAGAAAAAGGAGGCGUCUAUACAGAGCAGUAAGCUUUCCUCAAGUCCUUCGUUGCUCUCUUCAUCUCCAAGCAUCUCACGACGGUCACCUCUGCUUCAGCCCCCUGGCGAGAGAACCUCUCCAGUGGAAAAGCAAUCUCCACUCCUCAGCAGGAGGAAGAUGACAACCGAGACUAAAUCACCAAACCACCAGCCUACUGAGGAAAUCCCAAUCCCGAAAACUGAGAUUAAACCUGUAGAGAAGGACAAGCAUGAUCCAUUCAAAGCUCCUCAAGUUAUCCGUAAAAUCAGGGGUGAAACCUUUGCAGAUGCCUCAGGACACUUGAAACUUUGGUGCCAGUUCUUCAAUAUUCUCAGUGACUCUACAAUCACAUGGUACAGAAAUGAAGUGAAGAUUGUGCAGAUGAAAAGAAAUGCAGGGGAUGAAACUCAGGUCAAUCUUGCUAUUGCUCAAGCAUCAAGCAAAGACUCUGGUGUUUAUGGAUGCACAAUCACAAAUGAAUAUGGGACAGACUCAACAGAUUACCUACUUAGUGCAGAUAUCUUGGCUGGAAUGUCCCUACGUGAGGAGCUUGGUGUCGGAGAAGAAAUUGAAAUGACACCACUGGUAUUCAACAAGGGUGUGGCCGAUUCUGGUGUCUGGGGCAACAAAUUCUUUGGCCGUAUAAUGAUGCAGGAGUCUCGUAUUGGUGAUGGCUGUGCUCACAAAGUCUGGAGGGCAAAAGUCAUCUAUGGCCUGGAGCCUGUGUUUGAGUCUGGAAACACGUGUAUCGUUAAAGUAUGCAACCCUAUCGCCUAUGGAGGGAAAGAGGAAAGCUGCCUUAUAGACAGGAACCUGGACUUUGUAAGGAAGGAGUGUAAAAUUCAGAACUUGGCUCGCGAAUACUGUAAAAUCUUCUCUGCAGAGGCGAGAGUGAUUGAAAACUUUGGGCCUUCUCUGGAGGUAAUUCCGGUCUACAUGAUGUAUCGUCCAGCAAACACAAUCCCUUAUGCUACAGUGGAGGCUGAUCUGAUGGGAGUAUAUCAGAAAUACUCUCUCCUGGAUCAUACGGGCAGGAUAGAAAUGAAGACUGCAUCUGAGGUGGAGCAGAAGUGCUGUGCUCUGCAGCACUGGAUCUUCCAAUGGACCAAUGGAAAUCUACUACUCACUCAGCUAGAAGGUGUUGACACAAAGAUCACCAAUGUUGGAAUUACAGUCAAAUCGACGGGGCAUCAAGGUCUCUCUGUUGAAGGGAAUCCCAAAGUUUUUGAGCAGUUCAUCUCUCAGCACCAGUGUAACUAUUUCUGUGGUCUACUCAGCCUGAGGUCACUAAAGGACUCUUUAAUGACACCAACAAAGCCCAAGGGUUCCAGGAGCCCCUUACUUCAACGCAAGAUGACUGCUGGUUCCUCCAGCCCUCAGACUGGCAGGAAAGCUGCUAGUAGCCCCAGACUGCCCAGGAAGGCUGAGCAAAGCAGCAAGACCGCCACUAAACAAAGCUGUUAA